AUGUCGACACCGCCUUACAUGCUGGACAAGUUUAAGAUUACCAUGCAUGAUAUGGUGUAUGUUAGAUUGGCUAACUUAGCUCAAAUUGCUUUUGCGGCGAGGGAGCGCCGGCCCUUCCUGCGUCGCACGCGGCCCUCCGUGGAAACAACAACAGAAUCCUUGGACGUCGAAACAACAACAAACAAGUUCACAAGGCGCGGGAACAACAAAUUCAAGAGCCGAAAAACGGAAAAAGAUGCGAGUGAUAAAGACAAGCCAUCGCUGGAGAAACCGACGCGGAGUGAGAAACCGCAGCGCUCGUUCGUACGCCGCCGGCCUGGUGGGGCAAGCUCUACUACCACUACGACCGCUUCAGUACAAACUUCAUCAACAACGGUCGCGCCAUCACGUAGACCCUUCCGUGUCGCCAGCCGCAGACGACCUUUCACUCCUUCUACCACCAGUACCACCACCACCACGCAAGCUACCACGCAAGUGUUGGAAAGCGAGGAGUCUUUGCAGGAGAUUGAUACAGACACAUUCGAAGACCCCUCCCUAAUCCAGCCCACUACCCAGAACUCGACCCUCCAAUACCGUCGCCCGCUUCAACUGCCCCGCGCGGACCAGAACCCCGCCGCCAGUACUGAUGAUGCGAGCGAGAGACAGAGCAAGAAGUACAGCGCCAGCUUCCGCAACCAGAUCGAUGGCACUGAGAGGAGUGUCGCUGAUGAUUACAACUCCGAAACGGCUGUAGCUUUAGCAGCGCACCAACUCCUCGCAGCACCGGUACCAAUAGUGCCAGAUUAUGAAGAACCAAAAACGACACGAAAGCCAAAAACCACACAAACAAUCGUUGACUAUAAAUACACAAGCCCGUAUUACACUGAAGACUAUAAAAAUCAGGACUUCACCGAAGAAUACUAUAGAACAACAAACAUUCCCACUAGACAAGGCUUCGUAGAAACAUCAACUCCCUUCUACCAAUCUGAAAUAUCCUCCACAUAUUUCACAGACACAAGGAUACCUUCUACAGAAUCUACGAGCACUAGAUCAAGAACGACAUACACAAACACACCAGACACUUACACUAACACCAGACAAAACACAGACUACACAAACACCAGACCAAACACAGACUACACAGACACCAGAACAUACACAACUCCUGAAGCUUUCAAUACAAGAACUACAUACAGUAACACACCAGAGACCUUCACAAGAACGACAUACAAUACCCCAGAAGCUUUCACCAGAACUAGAACAUACGCCAACCCUCCUAGACCUUCAGGAGUUUCAAUAACAGUAGGGUCAGAAAAUUUUGGAGACUCCACAGCUAAAUUUUCAUAUGAUACUUUCCCAUCUACUACCUUUAGUGAUUUUGAAACUAGAGUAACUAGACCUAGACUAUCUACUACAAUAAGUCCUACAGUUAGUGACAUAAAUGUACCAACAGCUAGAUUCACUACGGGAGCUUCAAGCUAUCCUUCGACAGUUGCCAAUAAAUUCCCAAGACCAGCUGGAUUUUCUCCCAAUUUAGUGAGCCUAGGCUUUGAAACUGAUGGUCAGUCGACGUUAAGAUUGGAUUCGAACCCUGGACCAUCUACUGCGAGAUACUUUGGGUCCAGUUCGAAGGUUCCAGUUUCUACUGAGAAUGGUCCAAGUCAGGAACCUUCGUACUUUACGAGAGAAUACCUUCUGGAGUCCCCUGUGACUAAAGCUUAUGAUGAUGAAUACCAAUACCUAUCUCCAAUAACGACACCCCAAACAACAACCAGAAAGCCUCCAAGGAGGAAAACAGUCUACAGAAGGAUUUCCACACCCCGACCCACCUCACCUUUAGUCCCAGAAACUAUUAAACCGAGACAAACUACAAGAAAACCUUUCGAAAAAAUACCAGUUACUGAAAAAGAUACUAAAGAGAUAGUAAAGAAUACAAAAGUAGACAUUCCUAAUAGAAUCAAGCCAAUAUCCGAUUACGAUUAUUAUGAUGAUAAUCAAGAGAAGAUUGGAGUCAAAUAUGAGAAAGAGAACCAAGUCUUUAUAGACAGCAAAGGUAACAUAGAAUGUCUCGACAUCGGCAACUUCGCACACCCGACGUCUUGUAAGAAGUUCAUAUCUUGUGCUCGAAUCCGCGGUGGUUCAGUGCUUGGUUGGGAAUAUAUCUGUCCCAAAGGUCUCUCGUUCGAUCCCGUUGGAGGCAUUUGUAAUUGGUCCGCGGGGUUGGGAUGUCAGGAGAAAGAUAUUUAA